AUGUCGAGGCCAUCGCGCAGAUCUUCCCCUCGGCAAGAAGGAAAUGUCUCUCGCUGCGCCAAAGACAAGAUCAACAAGAAGGCGCGGCUGCCAGCUGCUGGCACCGCCGCCGCCGCUGCCGUCGCCCCAGCUUGCAUGAGCGACAUCGUGGUGGAGAAGGAGCUGCUGGCCAAGCUGGCGCUCCACAACACGUCGUGUGCGGGCUGCGUAGCCUCCGUCAGGGCCUUGCUUGCGCGUCCGCUGAGCGAGCUCCGGAUGCUGAAAGCGGUAGUCGACGAGCACGGCGGCAACGGCGGCGGCAUGUCGGGGGCUUUCCGCCUGAAGGAGGCGUACGUCAAGGACCCCAAGAGGAUGGGGCAGCUCCUCGACACGUUCCCGAUGUCCUCCGUGCUCAAGAAGGUACAGCCCAUGGGCUCGGCCCAGCGCUGCCAGCUUCACCGACGCUUGAUCUCCCUGUCGCUAGCCGGGGUGGGCUCUGGCGGGGGGCACCGCGGAGGAGACGGGGGAGGGAGCGGUGGGACCGGUGGUGGCGGCAGAGGAGGAGGAGGCGUUGGAAGCGUGGAUUCUUGGGACUGGGAAGACGCUUGGGAGCGAAUGCCUCCCAACUUGAGGGUAAAGACUCUCUAG